AUGGAAGAAAUUAAUAAUGAUAAAUUAUUUUUUAAAAUAUGGAGAAAUAAUUUUAUAAAAGAUAAUAUUUUACAACAUUUAAAAUUAUAUUCAUAUAAUUAUUGGCCAAGAAUUUUUAAUAAUUGUCAAUCAAUUAAAGAAAGAGAAACUAAAGAAUAUUUAAAUUCAAUUCAUCUUUCACCAUUUCCAAAUUUUUGUACAGAUGGCAAUGAAUUUGUAAUUGACGAGUUAAGUGAUAAUAAUAGUGAUGUAUCCUUGAGUGACAGUGAUGAUACAAAUCAUGAUUCAAAAUAUUAUAAAACCAUAAAAAAGAAAGAGAAAUAUCCAAUGUCAACUUUAAUAAAUAAACCUAAAAAAAAUAAAACUUUUAGACAAAGUUUAAAGGUUUCAAAUAAUGUUAAUAUUAAUAAUAACCGAAGCUUUAAUAAUAAUAGUAGUAGUAGUUUAAGUAGUAGUAGUAGUAGUGGUAGUAUUAGUAGUAGAAAUAGUAUUAUUGGUAAUAAUAAUGAAAAUAUAAAUUUUCAAGAAAAAGAAGAAGUAGAAGAAGAAGAGUUAAUUACAUUUAUGGAUCAAAAUUUCUUAAAUUUAAUAUUACCUUUAAAAACAUUAGAAUCUGUAUUUGUUGAUUUUAGAAAUGUUGCUCCAUAUAAUCAAUUUCCAUUACCUUUAAUACCAGAAUCAGUAAAAUAUUUAAGAAUUGGUGAUUUUUAUCGUGGAUGGUCAUUUAAUGACUAUUUUCAGAAUGGUAAUGGUAAGAAUUUAACCUCAUUAGAUUUAGGUAAUUGUUUCACUCAAGAGAUUAAACCAAAUCUAUUACCACCAAAUUUAGUAGAGUUAACAAUUGGUUCACAAUUUUCUAGAGAAUUAAAAGUAAACUCAUUACCAAAUACAUUGCAAUAUUUAUAUAUUGGUCAUAGUUUUGAUAUUGAAUUUUCAUCAGAAGGUAUAUUACCAAAUUCAUUAACUGAUUUAAGAUUAGCAGCUUAUAAUCGACCAUUUAGAGGCAACAUUUUAUCAAAUUUACAAAACUUAAAAAAAUUAAUUCUUCCAAGAUUUAAUCAAAUUAUUUAUCCUGGUUUUUUACCACAAUCCUUACAAUUUUUAAUGUUUGGUUAUUCAUUUAAAAGUAAAAUUAAUGAAUAUUCAUUACCAAGUAAUUUAAAAUAUUUUAAAAUUCAGAGUGAUUGGAAACAAAAUAUUCAACCAAAACUAUUCCCAAUCUCUUUGAAAAGUUUAAAUUUUAAUUCAUAUUCAACCGAUUUAACAAAUUUACCAAUAGAUUUAAAAUAUUUAAAAAUUAGUCAAUUAAAUAAUAAAUCAUUAAAUAAUAAAAAAGUUUCAAUAAUUACAAAAGUUAAAAAUAAAAUAAAUAAUAAUAAUAAUAAUAAUAAUAAUAAUAAUAAUAAUAAUAAUAAUAAUAAUAAUAAUUUUAAUAAUUUAAUUUCAUUAAAAAUUGGAUUAUUUAAUAAAAUUAUUUAUCCAAAUGAUUUACCAAAUGGUUUAACAAAUUUAGAAUUAAAAAAUUUUAAUCAAAAUUUAAGACCAUCAACAUUACCAAAUACUAUAAAGUAUUUAAAGUUAAUAGAUUUUAAUAAUGGUGGUAAACCAUUGAAAAAAGAUUGUUUACCACAACAAUUAAAACGAUUAGAAUUCUCUUUUUUUAAUCAAUCAAUUGAAUGGUUACCAAAUGAGUGUCUAGAGGUAAUUUAUCUGGGUUCUUCAUUCAAUCAACCAAUUGCCGAAGGCAUUUUACCAAAAACUUUAAAAUUUUUAGAAAUUUCAUGUGGCAUCUAUGAUAAGGAUAUUCAAUUACCAAAUGAAACAAUGAUUUUAAAAUAUUCACCAUUGUCUAGUUAUAAUUCCACUCUAUCUGAUAGUUUUUUUAAUAAAAUCAAUGAUUAUAAAGUUGUUGAAUUUUUAUCACAUCAAUCAAUUCCACCAAAUUGUACUAAAUUAACAGUAUCAAAACUUGUUAGUCGUAAAGAUAUUGAAUUUCCUAAAUCAAUUCGUUCAAUAAAAUUGGAUAAUCUUUCAAUUGAUAUAAAAAUUUUAACUAAUCUUGGAAAUAGCUUAAAAAGUUUAUGCAAUUUAAUUGAAUUUCAAGUUUCAUUAUACCCUGUAGAAUUUCAAGAAUCUAAUAUACCAAAUACAAUUGAAAUAUUAAAAUUAGGUUUUAAAUGUUAUCAUUUAAUUUCACCAAUUAUUUUUCCAUCACUUAAAGAAUUACAUAUUAUUGGUGAUGCUUGUCCAAUUAUAUUAAAUGAUGAUCCAACUGCUUUUCCAAAUUUACAUUCAAUUUUUGUAAAAGUUUCACAUAUUACAUUUUUAGAUUCAAUUAAACAAUCAAAUUAUUUUAAAUAUAUUAAAUUAAUAAAAUAA